UUCCUCGUGAUACACAUGUUUUUCUUUCAAAUGCUCACAGUGGAGAUAUUGAUUGUAUUGUCAGACAAUCUGUCUUGGGGGACGUUCAUGUCAAAAAAUUUAAUCGGAGUCAAAUUCAUUGCUCGAAUCAUGCUGAUCAGUGUCUGCGUCAGUUACUUAGAAAGGGAAUUACAGAAGACAAAAGGACUCUGCAAUCUUGCCGUACGAAAUUGUGAGAAUGAUAUAGUUCGUUGUCACUUGAAAAAUAUUUACCGUAUAAUAGACACAGAAAUUGAACCUAUGACGGUGUUUGGUUUAUUUUACAUCAACAAUGUGCCUUUAGAUCUGAUCUCACUUACCGCUACUUACACCGUCGUCUUGUUGCAGUUCGCUUUUCUGUAAAAAAUCCUCGAGAGAAAAACAGGUAUUAAACGUUGAAAAACUUAAUAACUC